UCUCUCUUUCUCUCUUUCUUCUCCUCUCUGUCUUCCCUUUUUCUCCCUCUCUCUCUCUCUCUAUAUUUAGCAACCCAUUGUUUCCCCUAUCCCAUUGUCCUUCUCUGUUCACAUUCCCUAUAUAACUCCACCACCACCACCAGAGCCACCCAUCCGCCACCGCCCCUGGUCAAAACCCUUUCUUUCUCAGUUCUUUGAAUAGAGGGAGGGAAGGGGGGAGGGAGAUUUGUUUGGAUUUUGUGUGUAUAGAGAGGGGGGGUUUUUUGUUUUGUUUUGGUUUGGUUCUUGAUUGAACAAGGGAAAAAAAAUGGGGAGGGGGAAAAUUGACAUAAAAUUGAUUGAGAAUGUGAACAGCAGGCAAGUCACAUUCUCCAAGAGGCGCUCUGGGCUCCUCAAGAAGGCUCAGGAGCUCUCCAUUCUUUGCGAUGCUGAGGUCGCUGUCAUCAUCUUCUCCAGUACCGACAAGCUUUUUGAGUACUCCAGCACAAGCAUGAAGCAUACACUGUCAAGGUAUAACAAAUGUCUAGAUUCUACAGAGACACCUAAAAUUGUAGAAAAGAAGCCAAAGGUGGAGCACAAGGAGGUGGAAGUUUUGAACAACGAAAUCUCGGAGCUUAAAUCAAAGCAAUUGCAAUUGUUGGGUAAGGACCUUACUGGUAUGGGUUUGAAUGAAUUGCGCCAGCUUGAGCAUAAACUAGACGGAGCACUGUUAGCUAUAAAGGGAAGAAAGGAGCAAUUACUGUUGGAACAACUAGAGAACUCGAGAAAACAGGAGGAGCGUGCACUGGUGGAAAACGAGAAUUUGCGCAGACAGAUAGAAGAGCUUCGAGGAUUAGUUCCAUCGAACGUGAGUAUGCCAAUGCCAACGCCUUAUCUCGAAUAUUAUCCCGUACUGAAGAAUUGUUCCUCGGGAAAAGAUGGCGCCGAGAGUCUCAACACAGGGUGCGACGAUGAUUUGGAUAACGAGGUCUCCGAUACUACCUUGCAGUUGGGUCCUCCCACGGGUUCGUGUCGGAAGAGGAAGACGCCCGACCAGGAAACUCAUUCCAGCAACUCCGAGAACCAUCUGGAGCUGAAGUGACGCGGUUGUCCUUCCCCCGUAGGGUCGAGUAGGGGGGAGUAGAUGAAUAUGGAGAGGCUUUUAGUCAUUUUAGAUGAGCAUGAACAAAGUGAGAGGUUAUGCAGACAAGUUUCUUCAGCAGGGCAUUGUAAAAGUUAACCAACUUUAGGCUCUCCUUGGCCAUUCAUCUCUCUUCUUCACCAUCUUUAUUGUUUUUGUAUGGUGGCCUGGGAGGAUUAUUAACUUCUGAAUUAGUAAUGGAACUGCUGUUCUUGGUUGCACUUUU